GAACCUGAGCUGCGUUGGGCCACUCAGCCGUAUGCGGUGCGGCCCAACGAGGGCGAUACGAACAAGGCACGUGUGGAGCCCUCGCACACUACCGUUCUGCUGUUUCCAGGCCAGGGCUCGCAACAUGUUGGAAUGGGCAAGAAACUAAUGCAUCUGCCCCCAGUAAGAGAACUCUACGAAUUAGCCUCUAGCAUUGUUGGAUGGGAUGUGGCUCGAGUUUGCACUGAGGGACCUGAAGAAGAACUGAGUCGACACUGUCAGAUCGCCACGUUGGUGACGUCACUAGCGUCCCUCGAACGACUGCGAGACGAGCGACCCUCCGCGCUCGAGCGAGUUCGAGCCGCCGCCGGCUUCUCGCUCGGCGAAAUCACGGCGCUCACUUUCGCGGGAGCGCUCACACUCGAGGGCGCGCUGCGGCUGGUCGACAUCCGCGCGGCCGCCAUGCGCGCCUGCAGCCAAGAGCGUCGCGGCGGCAUGCUCACCGUCUGGCUCGGCGCAGACGCCAACCUGUCGCAUGCGCUGCUGCGGGCCAGAGAGCACGCGGCCGAGUGCGGCGUGGCGGCGCCCGUGUGCCGCGUCGCCAACUACCUGUACCCGGGCUGCAAGGUGGUGGCGGGCGACGAGGAGGCGCUGCGGUUCGUGGAGCGGCGCGGGCCCGAGUUCGGCGUGCGCAGGGCGGCGCGGGUGCGGGUGGAGGGCGCGUUCCACACGGAGCUGAUGGCGCGCGCGGAGGACGCGGUGCGGGCGGCGCUGCACGUGCUGCAGGUGGCGGAGCCGCGGGUGCGCGUGGUGUCGGCCGUGGACGCGCGCCCGUACCGCGACGCGAGGCACGUGCGGGCGCAGCUGGCGCGGCACGUGACGCGGCCUGUGCGCUGGGAGCAGACGCUGCACGUGCUGUACGCGCGGCCGCGGGACCAGCACGUGCCGCUGACGGUCACGUUGGGUCCGGCGGCCGCGCUGCGCUCCACGCUGCGACAGGUCAACGCCCGUGCGUGGGACAGCUCGCUACAAAUUCAAGUGUGAACCCUGUACUGUUCGAUCGCGUCGGUGUUAAAUGUAUAGAAGCACUAGCUGAUACAAUUGUAAUUACAUUUCAUAAAUGUGCGGAUCGGCUCCAAUGAAUGGAGUUUGCUGUUUAAGUGUGAUAGUCAUUGAAUAUAAAAUAAAGUAGAAGAGGUAAAUAAACGCAUCUCUUACAAUAAUGAAAACGCAUACAUUAGAGACGGCCGAGUAGUCGUGUAGUGCCCGGCGGUGCCCGGCGUGUUUGGCAAUUUGUUUUGAUCCGCGCACCCGCACGAACAACUCGGUUCAAAUAACGAGAAUACUCUGUUUUAAUAAAAUAUCAAUUCGAGCGAAAUAAUGAAAAUUAAAAUUAAACAGACUUGUUUAUAAAAUAACAAAAAAUGUUUAAUAAUCUUAAAGGAGAAUGAGAAAUAAGAAUUAUCAAUUUCAAACAUAAGUAGUUAAAUUAAUACAAUUAAAAUUUAUCAAAGGUAAAUGAUGCAGGAAAACUAGACCCUCAGCGCGUUCUGGUAAGAGUCCGUCUCGUCUUUGUAAACGUUGCCUGCUUCGGUAAAUACGCGCUUGCCGAACACAGCGCUAGCAAGUGCACAUAGGGUAGACACAAACAUGCCAUCUUUGGAUACCUUGUUGGAAAGGACUCUUAAUCCCGUGACACCGAAGCUUCUUGUGCAUAUCGGUCCAAUAGGCAUGAUGACAGUAGUCAAGUAUCGCCCAAAUAUUAAAUUGAUCUACUGAAACAGGAUUCAAGGAUUUUGAAAAAUGUAUUUAUUUUCAUAUUAAUGACGAGAUUGAUGAUUUAUUUGUUAAAAUAUAUCUACAAAAUACUACAGUCAGCCAUGAUAGCUUAAACACCAAUCAGAGUGAAUUACGUCACGCCUUAAUAAACGUCAUCUUGUUUCGUUUGAGCUUACGCGCGAUCACUGCAAUUUUAACAAAAAAACUAUUGUUUUCGCUUUACCUGUCGCUAAAAUACAUUUUAUAAUCGUAGUUUAUAAUUUCCACAAAAGCCAUCAGUAAGCUCUCUAAAUUGGUUAUUUAAUCUAAUUUUCUUUACACAUGAGUAUCUUGUUAGCAGGGAUAUUAGUAUGUUUUUCUAUUAAAUCAAUUAAGUAAUAACAGCUUUUGGGAACUCCAAUGUAAGAUCGCGGGCUCUUUGUAAUUUUAAGCGAGGUACAUUCCAGAAUUUUAGAUGCCUCCUGUUUUCUAUCGUAUUGUAUCAUCUCACUGUAGUCUAAUAUAGAUUUGAUUUGGAGAGAUAUUGUUGAUGGUGAUGAUUGAUUGGAGAAGGUUUAUGUAAUGUGGAUGUCCAUGGCAACGUGAAAUUGCCUCUUGUAACUUUAAAUGGUGAUGUAGAAACAGAAUGGGUAUGAGGUUUCAAGGGUGAUGCCAUCUGAUUUAUUAAUUUAUUUUCUCUUUGAACGGCUUUACUUCUGAACUUGUGAGUAAUAAAUACUUAAAUAGACUUAUCAGUCAUUCUCGGGCAAUGUUUUCUGUUAAAUUUUCUUAUAUGUUGUCGCAAAACUAAAAAGUAAAAAUAGCAAAUUAUUAGACACAAAUAAAAUGCAGGACUUAAUAACAUACCUAGGUAAAUACAAUCUGCAUUUCUUUUUACAAACAAUAAAUCAAACAAAGUUGACAAAGUAUUUAGUAGAUAUUUGAUAAUUUACUUUUUCUAUAAUAAAUGCUUAGCGGGUUAAAAUAUUAGGUAUGUAUGAUAACAGACAAUGAUUUUAAUGGUUAUUGUCUAAAUUGAUAAAUUAUGGUAAAUAGUAAAUGAAAUUAAUCUUUUCUGUUAUCUAUAGUAAUCUUAGUUGUUCGUUUUUUUCUAUCUAUUUGGCAUUCAAAUUUUGUGAGAAUACAGCCUGGUUUCAUGCGAACCUGCGACACCAAACCCAUUGUCCAUAAUAAUUGACCAUAUUAUCAUAUUGUGGUAACUGGAAUAUGAAUAAAGCACUCAUUGAAAUAAAUAUUACUGGUUAUUCAAGAGAUAAAUUGUAAUCUCAGAAAAUAUUGAACUUAUGAAAUUUUAGACAUCAAUUAAGGUCACACAUCAUUGUAGAAUUUACGAAAUAUGUACAAACUUAUAUCAAAAUUAUCUUUACAGAAAUACAUUGAAAUAUUUAGACUUAAACCUGCUGGAUCUCGCCGUGCAAGUGUCAACCGUCUAUUUCUCAUUGUUUUGUUAUUUGGGACGUAAACAAAUUAACUUGCUCAGAGUUUUUAUAGAUGUAACUCAGAGUUUUGUGCACUAAGGGACCACACACCACUUAUACACUUUUGAAUUCAUAUUUAUUAUGCAAAAUAACUUGAUUUAUUAAACAAGCAUCUAAUGUUUACAAUUGACGUACUGAAGUUUACUAAUCCGUGACGUAAUGACCGACGCCAUGACACUGAUCAGCAUGUUAG